AUGGCUGAAGAUGCGGAAGACAGUUUAAAAUUUGCAGUGGCAGCCUUGGAGCUGAGCUCCGCUGACCUGCAGAAUCCCAGGAAGAACAAGGAGCACCACACACAGGAGAUGGGCCUGAAGCGGCUCAUCGUGCCCCGCUGCCAGGUCUUCAUCAUCAUCCUGAACUUCAACCGGAGCUUCCAGCCCCGGAUCGACAACAUCACCUACAUGGCGGAGACCGGAUCAGAGCCCACGGAGCUCCGGGGAACCCGAGCCACAUUCUCGCUCACCCAGGCCCAGCACGGGAAUGUCUGGAGUGCUUCUGACUUCACCAUCGACCUGAACUCACUCCGAGUCUCUGUCUUCACACCAGCCAAUGCAGUCAUUGGCCCCUAUACUCUCAUGAUCCAGAUGUCCCAGGGUCAGGGUCACAGCAUGACUUACCUGGUGGGGACUUUCAUCCUGCUUUUUAACCCGUGGAGUGCAGAGGAUGAUGUCUACUUACCGAGUGAAAUCCUGCUGCAGGAGUACAUCAUGAUGGACUACGGCUUUGUCUACAAGGGUCGCAAGAGAUUUGAAGAUGACAUCAUAGAUAUCUGCUUGGAGAUCCUGAACAAGAGCCUGUACUUCUUAAAGAACCCGUCCAAAGACCACUCCCAGUGGAAUGAUGUGGUGUACGUCUGCAGGGUGGUGAGCGCCAUAAUCAACAGUAUCGACGACAACGGCGUGCUGCAGGGGAACUGGGGGCAGGACUACUCCAAGGUCAGCCCCCUGGAGUGGAACGGCAGUGUGGCCAUCCUGCGGCGGUGGUCGGCCCAGGGUGGGCAGCCUGUGCAGUACGGACAGUGCAGGGUCUUUGCAGCCGUUAUGUGCGCUGUAAUGAGAUGCUUAGGUGUUCCAACCCGCAUCGUUUCCAAUUUCCGGUCUGUGCACAACAUGGAUGGGACCCUGACCAUCGACACCUACUGUGACCAAAAUGCAGAGAUGCUGCCAACUCAGAGACCAGACAAAAUAUGGGAUUUCCACAUCUGGAACGAGUGCUGGACGAUCCAGAAAGAUCUCCCGCCAGGAUACAACGGGUGGCAGGUUCUGGACCCCACUCCCCAGCAAACCAGCAGUGGGCUGUUCUGCUGCGGCCCUGCCUCUGUGAAGGCCAUCAGGGAAGGGGAGGUCCACCUUGCCUAUGACCCCCCGUUUGUGUAUGCCGAGGUGAAUGCCGAUGAAGUCAUUUGGCUCCUUGGGGAUGGCCAGGCCCAGGAAUCCAUCGGGAAGGAAAUCAGCACCAAGACGAUAGGGUCAGACGAGCAUCAGAACAUCACCAGGUCCUACAGGUACCCGGAAGGAUCCCCUGAGGAGCGGUCUGUAUUCAUGAAGGCCUCCCGGAGCAUGCUGGGCCAAACAAGGGCCUCCUCACCCUUCCUGGAUCUGCUGGGGUCCAGCGGCGUGGAGAAUCAGCUGGCACAGCUGCACCUCCACCUGGCCAGGACGCCGGAGUGGGGCCAGGACCUGCUGCUGACGCUGUGUGCCUGGAGGGUACCAGACAGAGCCCACCCCCAGGGCCCCAUCCGGCUGGUGCUGCGCUUCUGUGCACAGCUGCAUGGGAGAGGCACACAGGAGCCCCUCUGGAGACAAGAGGUGUGCUUGAACCUGGACUUUGGGCAGGAGACACAGUGGCUGCUUCUGCUGCCCUACAACAAUUAUAGAAACAGGCUGACGGAUGAAAAGCUGAUCCGUGUGUCUGGCAUCGCCCAGGUUGAGGAAACAGGGAGGUCCAUGCUGGUCCUGAAAGAUAUCUCUCUGGAGCCGCCCCACUUAUCUACUGAGGCAAGCCUGUCGGGGUCUCAUUUCGCCACCUUGGCUGAUGAGCGAGAUAAUCCCAAAGACACCUUCAGGGGCUGGAACAGGGGGGUUCAUGCCCGCUGCUGGGAGUAUGCUGAUUUAGAUCCUGAGUGA